CUCUCAUAACGGAACUGAGAGUGUCAUUUCAUGAGAGUUUACAGCCGUCAGCUGCAGACAUGGAUCAAUUAAAACCUUUGCUUAGCUUCGCUCAGAAACAGCAGACCAAUUUAGGAUUCGGAUUAAUUGCUCUUAUAACUGCGGGUGGCGAGCACGUUUUCUCGGUCUUUGCUUUUAGGUGUCCUUGCAAUGAUUGGAAUUUCAUUUAUGGAAACGUCUGCCUCCUCGUACCCGCUCUUGCAUUGCUCAUUCUAAGUUACAUGUUGAGCAAUAAAACGUGGAAACUGUUCACAGGUCUGUGCCUUAGGAAAUCGAAACUAUGUCGUUUUAAUUACGCAUUUGGCUUUUUUUGUGUUUUUCUUCAAAUCACCAUGACUGCAAUGGUCGCACCUCUCAGCUGGAUCGCAGUUGCUCUGCUCAAAGGGGUGUAUUUCGAGUGUUCAAUGACUGGCGCCAACGUCACACUCUUUAGACGGCACCUUUGCAACGAGAAGUAUCUCCACUGUAGGACAGAGUUGGAGAAGUUUCCGUGUGAUGGAACCGCAAUUCCACAAAGUGAGAGAGCGGCUGUUCUGUCCAUUAUACGCGCAGAGUCGCAGGUUCUUGGAUGGAUCCUGAUAGCUUCUGUCAUGAUGUUCACCUUUCUGCUGACAUGCAUGGCCAGAUGCAAUUCUCCAAUCAGUUACAUGCAGCUGAGGUUUUGGAGGAUGUACACUCAGAAGGAGAAUGAGUUUUUGGACAGCUAUACAACUCAGCAUGCCGAAAAGCUGGCUAGGAGAAACAUAACAAGUUUCUUUGAGUUAACCAAACCCAUUCCUAUGAAAAGUCCUCCCAGACAGGCCUGGCAGAAGAUCUCCUCCUUCUACAAGUUCCGGAGCAUGGACGAAUACUACAGCAUCCUGCACAAGUAUGUGUGCACUUGUGAGGACUUUGAGAAUCCAGCAGUGAGGGCUUCAUUGAAGUCUGAAAAUGAAUUUGCAAACCCAGCAGCACUUGCAUUUGUGGACGAGGGCAAACUGGUCCUGUAGAUGUGCUUGCUGUCUAUUUGACAGCUGAUCAUGCCUUACCAUGUUAUUUUGGUUAAAUACAGCCGUAACGAUUACUUCCCUCGCUUCAUUUUCUGUGCCUUUUACAGUGUCAAUGAAUUGUUCUUUUAAGUCAUUUGUUUCUUUUGAAUACUGCUAUUGUAUGAUUUUAACAUUGCUGUUUUUGUUAUUGUUAAUUUUUUUGUCUUUCAAUAUAAUUUUUCAUAUGAAUAUUAAAAAACUGUUUAUGCACUGUAAAAAAUUAUAUAAUCUUAAGACUGACUUAAACAUCCAAGUUGAUUGUUACUUAAAAAUGUAAUG